AUGGCUUCAACGGUGCCGCGAGCAGAACCAAAACACAUCGAGGUCUUUACCCUUCUUUCGGAUGGAGUGAUUCACGACACUCCAAUUGAUAUCAUCAAGGAAGUUGCUAGCGACUCUUUGACGGACGAUGAAAUUGCAAAGUAUGCCCAAACCUUCAACAGACCUUCGCAAAUCCCCGAAUUUAAAGAUAGACUUUUGACAACCAUAAACAAUAAUACCACAAACGCAAUAAGUAAAUUCAUCAUGUUGAUGAACCUUUUAGACUCCAAGGUAUUUGCCCCGUUAUUUACAAACUCGUGGACCCGGAUUAGAGAUAUGAAUUUGGAGGAGCGUGAACAUUUGAUGGUUUCAUUGCGAGACUCUCCAGUAUUUGCCAAACGAGUCUUGUUCAAAACCGUUCUUGCGUUGACUUUGAAUACUAUGGUCAUAUUAGGAAAUGAGUUACAUUAUAAGGCUAUCCAUUAUCCUGGAAGAGAUUUGAACGACAAAGCCUACGACGGUUUCGAAGCAGACCCAUUUAGAUACGACAUGAUGCCAAAGCCAGAAUUCGAUGACGCUGAGUUGCACUUGACAGACAUCGACGUUGUGAUAAUUGGAUCUGGUGCUGGUGCCGGAGUAGUUGCUCACACGUUGGCCAAUGAUGGGUAUAAAAGCUUGGUUUUAGAAAAAGGAAAGUACUAUUCACCUUCUGAGUAUAACUUUACUGAUAAGGAAGGCUUGACUGAGCUUUAUCAAACAGGGGGUAUAUUGGCAUCAACCAACCUGCAAAUUUCUCUAUUAUCUGGAUCUAAUUUUGGAGGAGGUACCACCGUAAACUGGUCGGCUAGUUUUAAAACGCCAUUCAAAGUUAGAAAAGAGUGGUACGACGAUUAUGGAUUAGACUUUGCUGCAACUGAUUCGUAUGACAAAUGUCAAGAUUACGUUUUCAAGCAGAUGGGUGCAUCAACUGAAGGAAUUAAACAUUCGUUUGCCAAUGAUGUGCUCAUGAAAGGCUGUGAAACCUUGGGCUAUACUGGAAAAGAAAUAGAUCAAAAUUCAGGUGGACAUCCAGCUCACCCAUGUGGAUUUUGCUAUCUAGGUUGCAAACACGGUAUCAAGCAGGGAUCUUCUGUUAACUGGUUUCGAGCAGCUGCUGCCACUGGAUCCAAAUUUAUGGAUCAAGUCAGGGUAAUCAAAAUUUUGAAUGAAAAUGGGACCGCAACAGGUGUAUUAUGUCAAGAUGAGGUUUCUGGAAGAAAAUUCAAGAUCACGGGACCAAAGAAAUUUGUUGUAUCAGGUGGGUCAUUAAACACACCAACAAUUUUAAAAAAUUCAGGAUUCACAAAUAAAAACAUUGGCAAAAACUUGAAGUUGCAUCCUGCUAUAUCAGUUUUUGGAGACUUUGGUCGUGAAGUACAAGCAGACCAUCAUAAGAACUCCAUAAUGACUGCUGUAUGCACACAAGUCGACGAUUUGGACGGUAAGGCACAUGGCUCUAAAGUUGAAACUGUUUUAAAUGCGCCAUUUAUUCAAGCUGCGAUUCUACCAUGGAAGGGAAGCGAUCAAAUAAGAAAAGAUUUAUUGCUGUAUAACCACUUGUGUGGUAUGGUGAUCAUAAACCGUGAUACUUCGAGCGGUUCAGUUGCAGGCGAUCCAAACAAACCAGAAGCAUUGUACAUUGAUUACAAUAUAAACAAGUAUGACAGGUAUGCCCUUUUACAAGCACUACUUGUGACAGCAGACAUCUUGUAUAUUGAAGGUGCUGAACGAAUCUUAACUCCCCAAUCAUCGAUCCCGAUUUUUGAAUCGAAAAUACCAAAGGACAAAAGAACCAUCACCGACAAGGACUACGUCGAAUGGAGAGAAAAAGUUGCUGCUACACCACUUGAUGCUUAUGGAGUUCCAUAUGGAUCAGCUCAUCAAAUGUCGAGUUGCAGAAUGUCGGGUAAGGGCCCUAGCUAUGGUGCUUGCGACACGAAGGGUAAGUUGUUCGAGGCGUCAAAUAUUUAUGUCGCAGAUGCUAGUUGUAUGCCCACGGCUUCUGGUGUCAAUCCAAUGGUUACCACGAUGUCUUUGGCAAGGCAUGUUGCGCUUGGUUUGUGUAACGAUUUGAAGACAAAGGCAAGAUUCUAG